UAGAGCCGAGGCUCGGGCUGUUUAUUGUUCCCUCCUCAACACCGACAGAGAAACACGGCUAACAAGCUGCCAGCUGCCUUUUCACACGGUUCACGGUUGGUUUACGAAGGUGUAACACGCGAGACAGCGGACUGCACAAACCAGGGGCCAUGGCGUAUGCGUACCUCUUCAAAUACAUCAUCAUUGGAGACACGGGUGUGGGGAAGUCGUGUCUACUACUACAGUUCACAGACAAGAGGUUUCAGCCGGUCCACGAUCUCACCAUCGGUGUGGAGUUUGGAGCGAGGAUGAUCACUAUAGAUGGCAAACAGAUCAAACUGCAGAUCUGGGAUACGGCUGGUCAGGAGUCGUUCCGGUCCAUCACCAGGUCUUACUACAGAGGAGCAGCGGGGGCUCUGCUAGUCUAUGACAUCACAAGAAGGGACACCUUCAACCACUUGACAACCUGGUUAGAGGACGCUCGCCAACAUUCCAACUCCAAUAUGGUCAUCAUGCUCAUUGGCAACAAGAGUGACCUGGAGUCGAGGAGAGAGGUGAAGAAAGAGGAGGGCGAGGCGUUUGCCAGAGAACACGGACUCAUCUUCAUGGAGACCUCAGCCAAGACUGCCUCUAAUGUCGAGGAGGCCUUCAUCAACACAGCCAAGGAGAUCUAUGAGAAGAUCCAGGAGGGAGUGUUUGAUAUCAACAAUGAGGCUAAUGGUAUCAAGAUUGGACCCCAGCAUCCAACCACCAACUCCACACUGUCCGGCAGCCAGGGAGGCCAACAGGCUGGAGGCGGCUGCUGCUAAAGCCCCAACACACUCCUCCUCCUCCAACCCCCCCCUCCUCCUCCUCCUCCUCCUCUCCCUCGUGUUUCUACAGAACUGUCCAGGCUCACUGGCAGUUUGUUAACCUCUGUCUCUCCUUUGCUCCAUUCGUCCAUCCAUCCCUCCCUCUGUCUCUUUUUCUCUCUCUUUGUCUUUUAGCCAUGUCUUUGCUUGGUCCCAUGGCCAUAUCUAAGGGUAUUGGGGAGGGCUCUGCCCCCCCCCCGAAACAACCUGACUGUCCGGUCUUACUUAGACUGGGUCAAGAUGAAUCGAUUUUUAUCUCUUUAUUUAAAACAUGGCAGAAUGUGAAGAACUGUUCACACACGCCUCUAAAUUGUUGAGGAUGUCCGCGUAACGCCCUCUUAACAAGCAGACUAUAGAACAAACCCCACACACACCUGUACACAUCUGUACAUGCUCUGAUGACGCAGCACGCUGGCAGCAGGGCCUGUUUCCACAUGCUGUGUGUACGGAGGGUAUAAAUAGCUGUGUGUAGUACCUCUGCAUCGUCUGUCCCGUUCAUCGCCAUGUUUUCUUUGUCUCGGUCUUUGUGUCCCUUUUUCGUUGACUUCCAUAUAUGAUUUGUAUUUAAUGAACACUACAAACUGGUUGUGGCUUAAAAACAUUUAGAGAGUAAAAGUGCAAGCUGAGGGCGAAACUGGAUCCUUUAGGGACGAAAGGAAAGUUUAGAGGUUGAGCGCAGCGGGCCGCCAUUAUGAAGUUGAGAGGAAAGUAGAACCGAAAUCAAGACUCUUUGUUAACUAUAUUUAUCGGGCACGUUUCUGUGUAUAUAUGGCUCUUUAGAUUUCUGUAGCUUUUAGGGGGGGACGAGGGGGGCUUGUUCAAGGUGAAACUUGGCUUGUUAUGGACUCAUCAUUUCUUUACCAUUUUAACAACUCAUUUAAACCCAGGACGCCCUUUCUUUUAAAUGACGAGUAACGGGGCUGUGAGCGGGGAGCUCCCUUCUCCGAGCAAGCGAAGACUUCCACCAUAACAUUGGCGUCACAUAUCUAACGUACAGCGCUUGGAGCGAUGCCGUGAUGCAAUGCUUUGUUCUUACUCUUUUUUCGGUUGGACAUCCCCGUUGUAAUCGGCACCAUUUCACUGUUUUGCUCAUUACUUUGCUACUUCGGUUACUUCACCCCCCCCCCCCCCCCCCUCUCUGUGGUAACAUUAACUGUCUAUUUUUUUAAUGCCAAAUUAUUGUUUACCUGCGUGUCAUCAAAACAAAAAAUCUCCUACGCCCCUGUACUAUGUCCUGAAAUCAGCUGCCUGCCUUAACUCCAGCCCUGAGAGAUUUGGACAGCUGCUACAAACAUGAAUGGAACGGACGCUUUCUCCUGACGCUGUAGCUAGCUAGCUAGCCGACGAUGCAUUACCUGCAGAGAAGCAGUCGUAGGAAGAGCUCCUAGGAACAUGCAUAGUUUGCAUUGUGCAAAUAAAUAGGGGCAUAUGGAAGGACCCCAACAUGCUGCCCCCCCACCAUCUCGCACACGCACACACAGAAGACGCACACAUCGAUUUGUGUUGAUCUAACAUGGCCGUCGGGAGCUUUUGGUGGAUAUCACGGCAGUGUGUCCCUCUCUUGCUGUUCUUUUAGCUCUUAGAUAUAUUCAGUCAUUUAUUCAUUUCAUUCAGAUGACAAAAUGUAGAGUGUGUGUCUGUGUGUGUGCACCAGAGGGGGGAAGGAUCAAGCCAAACCUGAAGCAUCCAUGGAGCUGUCUGACUGGAACGAACUAGCUAUCUUUUAUCCAUGUGGCCCUCCUCUAUCCCUCUUCCCGCCCGCCCCCCGCUCCCUCCUCCCCUUUGACGUUAUUUGCUGUUUGUUCUUUGGAAAAAACAAAACAUAAAAAAAUGAAAAAAUGAAAAUGCUAUCACAAUAAACUAUAAUAAAACAUUCUAAA